UGUAAAAAAAAUGCUCAGGAAAUAUUUAUUGGAUAUUUAAAAGUGACCAGUAAUGGGUUGUCUGCGAUGAACGACAGCAGGAAACAUCUGGGUUUAGCUAAAGGUGUGGACAACACAAGCAGUGACUGGAAUGAUAAUUCCUUUGUUUAUUAUGGCUUACGGAAAUCAAACACAGGGACACAAGAUAUGAAACUUGCUACGAGGGGAGAAAGAACAGCCAUUGAUGAAUCUACUAAAAGUGUGGGCAACAAAAAACAUCCAGUUGUGGUAGAUUUGACUUUAGAUGACAGUGAUGAUGAAGAUGGUGGUGUUGGUGGUGGUAGUGCUGGACAAGAUGAUAGCAAGAAUUGUGGGAGUAUAAAUGGUGCAGUUGGUAGUACUAGUGUUAGUGAUAGUAAUCGGGUUGGUGUUAGUAGUGGUAGUAGUAGGGUUGGUGAGAGUAGGGUUGAUAGUGAGGUUGUUAGUGGUGGUGGUAGUAGGGUUGGUGUUAGUAGGGUUGGUGUUAGUAGGGUUGGUGAGAGUGGGGUUGUUGGUAGUGGUAGUAGGAUUGAUGGUAAUGCUAGUGAGGUUGUUAGUGUUGGUAGUAGUAGGGUAGGUGUUAGUAGUGGUGUUAGUAGGGUUGGUGAGAGUGGGGUUGUUGGUAGUGGUAGUAGGUGUGAUGGUAGUGCUAGUGAGGUUGUUAGUGGUGGUAGUAGAAGGGCAAGUGUUAGUAGUGGUGUUAGUAGGGUUAGUGUUAGUAGGGUUGGUGAGAGUGGGGUUGUUGGUAGUGGUAGUAGGUUUGAUGGUAGUGCUAGUGAGGUUGUUAGUGGUGGUAGUAGAAGGGUAAGUGUUAGUAGUGGUGUUAGUAGGGUUGGUGUUAGUAGGGUUGGUGAGAGUGGGGUUGUUGGUAGUGGUAGUAGGGUUGAUGGUAGUGCUAGUGAGGUUGUUAGUGGUGGUGGUAGUAGGGUUAGUGUUAGUAGUGGUGGUGGUACUAGGUUUUGUGGUAGUGAUGAUGAUAUUGAAGUUGUUAGUAGCAAUGAUAGUAGGAUUGACCUUAGUAGUGGUGGUAGUAGAAUUAAUGGUAGUAGUGAGAUUGUUGUUAAUAUUGGUGGUAGUAGGGUUGGUGUUAGUGGUGGUAGAUCGGUCGUUAUUAAUGGUGGUGAUAGUGUUGUUGGUGAAGAUGGUGAUGAUAUCAUCUCACAAGGCCAACCAAACACCUUACCUAAGAUCCUAUCAGCGUACAGCCUUAACUCCGGACAUCCCUCUUACCCUGCUACAGAACUUCGAAAUUUAUUGAGCCAAAAAGCUAAAGAAAAUGUAGUCAAAGUGAAUGGAAUGGUAGUCAAUGGCUCAGCAGAUAUCCUUACUAAAGGACCAAAUCCUGGCAUGUUGACAGCGUCCCCCUUGAAAAAUGGAAUUAUAAGUCAACCAAAAAAUGAUGUCAUUAGCAACAAUAACCAAUCGUCUUUCGAGCCUAUCGCCUCUAAUAGAAAUGACGUCAUGAAUGACGUCACAAACUUACGUAAUGAAGAGAGUAGUACUAAAAAACAUGGCGACACGCAGAUGUUGCUUAGUAACUGGAGUGUCAGGCAUGAUAGUAAUUUAGAUACCAUACUUCGGGAUCAAGAUGGGGCUACCUCACCCACGGAGACUGGUGACCAGGUAAUCAUCACCAAGGUGGUGACGUCAGCGGACAAGAGCUACGGACGAAAGCAGCACCCGAGGAAAGCUCCUGUUCAAAUCCGAAAAUUAUACUUUGAAGAAAAUUCUGAAGAAAAGGUCAUUCCCAGCCCGUCAUCUGGAAGAGAGGGGCUGAAAAGGAACAGGAAAACGAACUCGCUUGGUACAAACAGCAUCGAACGGCCUGAGAAACGAAAUUUAGAGGAAACUAUAGCUUCACUAAACGGCAAUAUUAAUGGUACACCUUGGUCGUUUACCAUGAAGUCAGAUCAUUCUUGUAGAGAAGAAAAAAUUCGAAAUUUGAAAGCGCGAUUGUCCAAACAACAAGAAGCGGUUGAAAAGUUAAGGACUAAAGAAAAGACCGUUGCAUCUCGGUCAAAUAGUGUCGGUCGGGUGCUGGUCGUACAAAUAUCUGACUUGAAGGACAAACUUGAGAUUCAAUCAGAAAAGAAACAAAGUUUUCGCGUUUUUGACCAAAAAGAUCAUUUGGAUAAUGUUGGUUCAGGAAACAAGAGAAAAAGAAAGACACUUGAUAGAAAAGGAUCGUAUCGCCCACAGAAAAGAUCUCGUACACGCAUUGAAAAGGAAAUUGCCAAACAAAGACUACCCAGAUGUCGUAGAGGAAGAUCCAACUAUCCUGUUGUCAGAAAGGUUGAACAGAUAGUACCCGUCGUAAGUAAAGAUCUCUGGCAUAGGGAGAUGGAAAAGAUGGAAGAGGAGUUGGCUUCGUCAAAUCGCGCACUGGAUAAAAAUGCGUUCUUGCUUUUCCUUGGUCUGAAAAAGGUCGAAGCUUCGUGACGAACAUUUUAGGGGGUGGUCGUAUAUAAAAUAUAAAAGUGCGCAGUAAACCUGUUAAAAAGUAUAAAAGCUAAAGGAGUAUUAAAUUGCGCAAAGCUCCUUUGUUUCCUGUUGUUGAACAUUGUUGUCUAGGCUACGCACCGAGGUCUGAUCGAGACAACAGUUGCGACAGGGAAAUUGGGCAAUACUCUGCCGCCGAUCAGAGUAUGUCAAAGUACCUAGCAAUUUAUUUCAUUGAAGGUAGUCUAUUGCUCGAGUUUCCUGUCACUGUUGUCUCGAUCAACACGUAGCAAUGAAAACAAUGGUAAAUCAGUGCCAUUUAUGACUAAUUGAUAAGUACUUCCACGGGUUUAUUGUGUUAUAUAAUUAUAUUACAAUAAGACGUAGCAGUCAGGGUUGUUACUAGGGACCUUAGGCUGCAGGACGGCAACGACGACGACGACGGCAAAUAUACAAUAGCACUAAUUGCGCUAUUCAAUAGAUACUCGUUGGAAUGUACGAAAUACUGUGCAUCAUUACCGUCUUAUGCCGAAAGUAAGACGGGAAAUGUCCUAUUUUUGCGUACUAAAGAGAACGGCUACGCCAAAAGCUUAUCUUUGCUGAUUUUCGUUAUAAGUAAAGCGCUCCCAAAAUACGACAUUUCACUCUAAAAUGGGGGUGCUUAUCGAGUAAAAUACUAGAUAAACACUAAAUAAUAAUACAAUAGAAGGUUGAAGCGCCUCAAUUUCGCCGACGUCGCCCACGUUGCCGUCCUGCAGCUUAAGGUCCCUACUUUAGAUAAACACGACUGCUACGUGUGAGUACAAGCCAUGAAAAUUAUGAAAAAUAUAUAUUUGUAAACGGAAAACUAAUAUGGCAUGCAUUUCAUGUAAUGUAUUCAUAAAAAUACAAUGAAUCACACCUAACACAAUAGAUAAGACGACAAUAGAAUACAAUAGAUUUCCUGAAUACAUUACAUUAACUGAGUGCUAUGUAGAGUACCCCGGUUGUUCUUUACAAGUUGGAAGUUUCGAAUGACCUUUUAGCAUAAAUUAUUCCUAUUUCAGACAUGUCAUUCCCUUGAGUAGGAUUUCUUUGUUUAAAGAUAACACUUUAGGCGAUUAUACAUACGGAGCAGUGUAAGAGUCAGGCAAGAUAAGAAUCUUACUUCCAGGGGCAAUAUGUGAAAAGGUGAAAAAAAACUAUCCCCACAAGCUGAAAAAGACUCGUCGAAGGAAGACUGGUAACGAACCCGUACCCACUAAGGAUUGUGGGUGUACACGGCAAAGUAAAGAUCCGCCAUCUUGCACAAUCUCCCCACAAUCCUAUGCUGAGAACAUCAAUCUUCCUUGUGGUUUGGGAAAAGCGAUCUGUCUUACCAAAUCUAACACUAAUAAGUACUGUUCAAAAACAUUUCUAGUUUUGUCAUAAGAAAUAAGUGAACUGAAAAAGACCCAAACACUGAUAUAAGACCCAUACACAGGCCGCUCAUGUUGCAUGGAUAUUUUCCUGAAGCAAAGGUAUCGGUUUGAUAAUGCUAUUAAGUCUGAUUUUGGGCAUUAAAUAUCAGGAACUGUAUGCCCCUUGUUGGGGAAGAGCUAUCACCCGAA